GCUCCUCCGGCUGACGGCGGCACCGGCUCACAAUGCCAGGGCUGCGCUCACAGAGGGCGUGUCGGCGGCCGGGGGAGAGGCCUUGUCUGCAGCCUGGGAGUGGCUCCGAGCCCGGAAUGAAGCCGCGUUUGCUCAGCCGCUCCCACCCGUAAUCGGGCCGGGCCGGGUCGGUGCUGCUGAUGCUGGAGCAGAUUUAUCGGACCGGGCUGCUUGGGGUAGCAGUGGCGCUGGUCGGCGGAGUCCUUUACGCCGCCUGGGGCAGAUGGUUCGGGGGCGAGAGGCCCGAGGGCAAGGCGGGCAAGGCUGGCAAGGGGGAGAGGCCGGUGAUCGAGGAGGAGGAGGAGGAGGAGGAGGAGGAGAUCCCGGUGAAUGAGCCGGGGCCGGAGGAUGAAGAAAAUGUGAAACACAUUCUUGUGGUUGGCCUUGACGGGGCGGGGAAAACCAGUGUUCUGUGCAGUCUGUCUACCUGCACAAUGAGCAGGAGUGAUGGGCCCACCAAGAUGUUCAACAGUGUGUCUGUGAAGACUGAAGAUGCUGAGAUUGAAUUUCUAGAGAUUGGUGGUGGUGAAUCUGUACGCCGGUGCUGGUCCUCCCACCUGCCUGGAGCAAAGGCUGUUGUCUAUGUGGUAGAUUCAGCGGACCCUACGCGGAUGCCACUCGCGAAACAAGAACUUCACCAAUUAGUUCAAGGGGAUUCAACGCUUCCUGUCGUCGUUUUGGCCAAUAAACAGGAUCUCAAAGGGGCCUGUACCAUUUUGGAGGUUCAUCAGAAGCUUUCCCUUGACAAACUUGGUGAUGAACGAAAGCUUUUCCUCAUCGGAACCCAUGUGGCAGAAAGUGGUUGCCAAAUACCAGCAAGUAUACAAGAUGCCAAGGAACUCAUUGCCCAUUUGGUGACCUCCUGAAGGGCGAACUUGGCUUUGAAACUAUCUCCAUUUGAUCAUGAGUCACUGCUCUUUGUUGUAAUGUUACUAAAGCUCAAUCUGGUCAAAUUUGAUUGUGAUGUAGGAAUUAUUUUUAAAUCUUAAGAUUUAAAGAGCUGUUAUAACACACCUGGGUUUGGGAAAAAAGAACUUAGCACAAUGUUAAUAUACUUUCAACUUAUUUUCUCUUCAAAAAUCUGAUUAGAAAAAGUUUUCCAAUAGUUUUCAAUAUGUUGUAAUAAAUGAUCACUAUACACCAUUCUAAUUAUCAUGUGCUCCGAACACUAUAUUGUUCCCUCCUUUCUCAGCAAAAUAGUGUGCAUGGGGGUAUCCACUGUUAGCCAGCAAUCUACUGUGUCCCAGUCCACUGACAAAUUAGUUUACAUCCAAGGAUGUCGGACCUGCUUUGGUUCUGUUUGUGCACGUCUCAGCUUAUCCAGAAACAAGCCGGUAAUCCAGAAAGCUAAAGCUCUGCCCCUGACACAAUCCUUUCAGCUGCACGUUUACCCAAACUUGCCUCCCAUUCUUAUACACAGCGGAAUGUAACACCAGAUGUGAUGCAAAGGUCGAACAGGCUCUGAGGUUAUAUUCUAACAUCAUUCUCCCAAAUGUUAUGUUGCAUUCUUAUUAUUCCCAACGUUUUCUAUGACCUCUGGCUCUUUUUCCUCAUUGGGGCCACAUGUAAAAAACAAGAAACUGCGGGUCGCAGGACUUUCUGAAUGGGCCAUGAUGAGUUUACUGUUUUAAUGAAAUACUUGACAACGGGGUGACCCAUUGGGGACCCUUUGAGAGAAGGUAUUGCAGUCUGAUGUGACCAGAAUGAACAUUAAAUGUUCCUGAAUGCUAUUGGUAUUGCUUUGCUUUGGAAACUGAAGUAGAAAACCUCAGUUUAUUAAAGAAGAACGACGCAUAGCAAAGCAAAUAUAGCUGCUCCUCAUUUAACGAAGGAUACUUGAUGGCUUCAUUUCUGGUUUACCUGCCACCCUUGUGCCUCUUGUUGUCAUUCUGGAGUCGUGCAGUCCUUUCAUUCCCUGUCUCUU